GAUUGGCUGAGCAGUUGUCAGGACUGUUUACAAGAAACAUGGCUUCCAGGUCUGUUGGAGAGCUUCAGGAGAUGGAAGUGGACCGAAGGGGUGAGUCCGAGGAGUCUGGUGAUGAUGAGACCAAGAGGAAGAGCAUCAAUGGCAACAUGGACCCCAACCAGCCCGCUACCACAAGUAAAGAAGAGUCUCCUGUUGACAUGGACACUAUAACUUUGGACCCAGAGGAAGAGGAUGUUGAUCUUGUUCAUUGUCGUAUUGGAAAGAUUGAAGGAUUGGAGGUGCUACAGAAAGCUAAAACGCUCUCCUUAAGACAGAAUCUCAUAAAGAAGAUAGAAAACCUUGAAAGUCUGCGCUCGCUGCAGGAACUAGAUCUCUAUGACAAUCAGAUUCGCAAACUGGAGAACCUGCACAACCUCACAGAGAUCGAGCAGCUUGACAUGUCCUUCAAUAUGCUGAGGAAGGUGGAGGGUUUGGAGCAAAUGACUCGGCUGAAGAAACUUUUUCUACUUCACAACAAAAUUGGCAGCAUUGCCAACCUGGAACACCUCACGGGCCUGGAAAUGCUGGAGCUGGGCUCCAAUCGCAUCCGGGUCAUAGAGAACCUGGAUACUCUUUCAUCUUUGCAAAGUUUGUUUCUUGGCACCAACAAAAUAACUACGCUUCAGAAUCUGGAGGGUUUACACAACCUGACGGUUUUAAGCAUUCAGAGUAACCGGAUCACAAAAAUUGAGGGUCUACAGAAUCUGGUCAGCCUGAGAGAGCUCUAUCUGAGCCACAAUGGCAUUGAGGUCAUCGAGGGCCUGGAAAACAACAAAAAGCUUACAACCCUGGACAUCGCAGCCAAUCGAGUAAAGAAAAUCGAAAACAUCAGCCAUCUGACAGACCUGCAGGAGUUCUGGAUGAACGAUAAUCAGAUAGAUAACUGGUCAGAUCUCGACGAGUUGAAGAAUGCCAAGACUCUGGAGACGGUCUACCUUGAAAGAAACCCUUUACAGAAGGAUCCACAGUACCGGCGAAAGAUCAUGCUGGCGCUGCCCAGUGUACGCCAGAUCGACGCUACCUUCAUCCGCUUCUAAACCGCAGUGUAAAAAUCCACCUGCCAGCUCCGCAGUGUUCUCCCUCACCACCCUGCGUGUCCUACCUCCAAAACAAACUUCAUUUUGAAACACACUGGCCUCACUGAUUCAUAUAGUCACUCCGUACACAAACGCACAUUCUGACAUUUGCGCUCACCCACGACUCACUCAACAUACAUGUAUGCACUCAUUCACACCUUGAUCUAUGCUGUUGGGUGGAAGCUUAUUUAUUUCUUAAGCAGGGUAUAAACUGUGAGAAGGAUUUCAAAAUGUACACCAUGUCCAUUUCCUCUUCUUUUUUUUUUUUUUCCACUGCACUUAUUUUUCUUCUAUUGUUUUGCAUGUGAGAUGAAGUAUGGAGACAUAUUUCCUCAAUAUGAGUCUUGUUUAUUACAUUGUUGAGGCUGCACUGCUAUCAUAUGAGAGGAAAGAGUGGCAUUCUUACUAUUUGAGGGAUCUUUUUUUGAGAGUUUAUUCUUUUUGGUUGGACAGGAUGAGACUGUUCUCACAAGGUACACAGUGAGCAGACGAACAUUGAAUGGGAAGUCCCUAAGAAAAAAAAUGUAACAUAUUGUAAUCUUUAGAAUGAAGGAAUUGCCAAACUUGACUCCCACAGAAAGAUCCAAAAUGAUUAAUCAUUUUUAAUAAACUGAAGAAGGGCAAAUCGUGAUCUCUAUGCCUUGUCCACAUAUUUUACAGCCCGUUCUCUGAUGAAUAAGAGUGACCUCUGCGUUAAAACGCCGCUCAUGAGAAAGAUCAUUUAAUGUGUCCAUAAAGAUGGUUCAGUUUUUUACCUUGAAUACAUCAGCUUGUUUUUUUGACUGUGGGGAAAUUGUUCAUAUCUGUUCUGAUAUCAGUAAAAUGUAGAUUGUUUUUUAAGUGAAUUUACUUGGCAGGACUGGUCUCAUAUGUGUUAACUGAUGUAAGAUAAAUUACGUCUUGCUGUUCAUUUUUUUUUUAAAUACAUUUUGUGGUUUAAAGUUUUCAGAUAUUUAAAGUACAUAUUCUAUUCUUAUUUGGCCUUCAGUACAGCUUAAGAGUAGAUAGUCGUGUAUAUUUAUGUUGCCAUGGGAUUCCUUGGAUCAGGCACUGAGGUGAACACCUUGAACCAGAACGGAGGGACUUAUCCUUAUGGUCCCGUGUAUAUAUUGCUCGAGUGCACUUGAUUUACUCCCAGGUUACAAUGAACAGGUGAUGUAUCUUUGAUAUGAGAAUAAUUCCCCACCUCGGGACUAAAAGGUCACAUUUGGACACAUCAGAUUACUACGCAUUGCUGGGUUUACACGGCAAACUAAGUGCUUUCUGUGCAGCAUAAGAUACUGACCAUUAUCAUCUGAUUCCUUUCAUCCGAGUCUAAAGUGCAUCUUCAAACUGUUCAAUUGGGCUGAGUUAAUAUUGUAUCUCCCUUUGUAGGCAGGAACAUAACAGCGUAGUAUGCUGGUUUGUAUUGUAGGUGUCUUUACAAUGUGCUCUCUUUCAAAGGAUUUGAAGUUAUGAUCAUAAAUUAAAUUGUUUAGUGGCCAGUGGGAUUGGAAGUGUCACUUAGUGUUUUGAAUAUAAUUUGGACAUCUCAUGAUUUAGAAAGUCAGUUCCAUCAUCACCUUCCCUUUGUAAAGUGAGAUUAAUUUUUUCUUGUAAAUGGCAGGCAGUACAGCAGCUUUAUUUGAGAAGAGUGAUUAAGACAACUUGACCUUGAUUGGUUACUGAAUGAGCAAUUAUUCUAAUUGCUAGUAGCUGAUUGUUGUUAGAACUGAGUCUUCAGUUUCUGGACUUGGUUCAUGCUGUUUUCAAACUGAAUGUAUUAUGCAAAUAAUAAAAUUACACGACUUAAA